AUGGACUACAUCGAGAAACUCGCAAAAGAGGCUCAGAACCUCACCAUGUACGAUGUCAAGUCGUACUACAAUCAGGCCAAGAAUAUGGUACUGAACGUUUCGGAAAUGGAAGCGAAAGUGAGGGAAGCAACGAACGAUGAUCCAUGGGGUGCUAGUUCAACGUUGAUGCAGCAGAUUGCUGAUGGUGCCCAAUUCAACGAGAUUAUGCCCACUAUCUAUUCUAGGUUCAUGGAGAAAGAAGCCCGAGAAUGGAGACAGAUUUACAAGGCUUUAACCCUCCUCGAGUUCUUGGUCAAGAACGGUUCAGAGCGAGUCGUCGACGAUGCUAGAGCUCACGUAUCUACCAUUAAGAUGUUGAGAAGUUUUCAUUACAUAGAUGAGAAAGGUAAAGAUCAAGGUAUAAAUGUACGAAAUAGAGCAUCGGAAAUCGCAUCGUUGUUAGGUGACGUAGAUAAGAUACGAAGUGAGAGGAGAAAAGCCAAAGCGAAUAAGAACAAGUAUCAGGGUGGUGGUAACGAUGGAGGAAUGAGCUUUGUCACCUCGAGUGGAAGUAGGUAUGGUGGAUUUGGAAGUGAUAGUUUAGGUGGGGGUGGAGGAGGCGGAGGAGGUGCCGGGGGUUCGAGAUAUGGUAGAAAUGAUUAUGAUGCUGGUGAUGAAUACCGAUCGUCCUCGCGUACCUUCCGAGAUACAUCCGCCAAGACAGAAUACGACGAAUAUGAAGGAGCCGAUGAUUUCGAUGAUCAACCUCCCCGUCGUACCGCUCCUUCAUCUAGCCGAGCAACCAGCGGUGCAAGUCACAGAGCUCCUCCUAAACCGGUAGCCAAGGAAGAGAAACCUGUUGAAAAGCCUAAGGAAGUCAACUUGUUUGAUUUUGACGAUGACGAACCUGCUACAUCGGCUCCUGCUGCCGCUCCGGCACCUCCUGCAGCAGCAGCCCCUUCUUUCGGUGGCGAUGACGAUUUUGAUGACUUCCAACAAGCUCCUUCAUCUUCCGCUCCAGCCCCAGCACCUGCGUCGACUGGAAACGCCAACGCCAACCUGUUCAACCUUCUCAACUCCAACAAAUCAUCUGCCCCUGCGCCUCAACCUCAAGCUCAAGCUCAGGCUUUGUCGUUUGGUCAAGCUCCUCCACCAGGAUACAAUUUCUCUUCCCCACCCAUCGCUCAAGCUCAAGCACCUUCCUUCGCAUCUCGACCUUCCUACUCAUCUGCGUCUAGUCAGGUGACUGCUCCUCCCGUCACUUCACCAGCAGCCAAACCAAGUGGAGCAUCCACCUUCGAUGAUCUGUUCACCUCAUCCUUGACUUCUAUGGGUGGACAAAGUACGAACAAGCAAGCGGGUGGUCAAAAGACAAUCAAGGAUUUGGAAAAGGAGAAGACGAUGAAUUCUCUUUGGGGCUCGUCUUCUACGAAUCAAGGACAAGGUGGAUCACAAGCUAAGAACCAACAAGCUCAGGCUGCUCAGAACUUGAGUGGUGGAGGGUUUGAUGAUUUGCUUUUGUAA